CCCCCCCCCCCUGGCUACGCCUAUGCGUUGUGUAGAAUUUGUUAUCCCAUAUCCCUGGCUCGAUGUAUAAAUAUUGUUAAGUCCUGAACCUAAAUCCCACGAUUGAAAUAUUAAUUUAAUACGAAUAUGUUGCAGUAUAUCCUGGUGUGUAUCCUUUGGAGACAAUGCCGUACCAAAACAUGGAGACUGGAUUGGCGCAGACAAUGGGGACGCAGGAACACUUCGUGAGAAUUCCAAACCACGUACACGCCAGAAAUCUCAAAAACAGCCAGCCGAGGAACUACAAAUGUCAUACCUGCCUGAAGACAUUCACUAAGAAAUGUAAUCUACAGUAUCACACAAACAUCCACACUGGUGAAAGGCCGUAUAAGUGUGGCGUGUGUAAUCAGGGGUUUUCUGCACCUGGAAGUUUGAGGACGCAUAAAAAACUACACGUCCGAAAACUCUCUGAAAAACAUCACUAACAAAUAUGAUCAAAUAACAAUUUCAUAGUUUUAAAGGAUUCCGAAAAACAAACAAAAAUAUUAAUUUUGAGAGUGUUAAAAAUUAUCAUUAUUCUGAGCUUCUCUUGCAACAUCUCACCUUUUUUACCCUGAUUUAAACCAAGAUUUUAACACGUUGCUGGAUCGAAAACUACGUGUAUUUUUAAUGUCUUUCAUCAAGUUGAAAUAAAUGUAGGUGUUUUUAUAUGGACCGGAAAGGAGUGGUAUCGAUAUGGAGAACUUUUUGAAC